AUGUUUGAUCAUCCUUUCUACUUUACAGAGUCACUGCAUGAUAGCUACACCUGCAGCUUCCAACCUGCGACUCCAGGAGAGGUUGCAUUCGCCAGCAAGCGGCUGGGCGUCACGGUGGAAGACAUUCAGAUCGCAGAGAUGCAGGGGCUGGUGAGCAUUCUGCGAGCAGUCGCGGCAGCGGCAGCCACCCCAGAACCCGCUCCGCGCGACCUUGAGCAGCGGCGAGUAUUUCACAGGCGCGGGACGUCGGCGGACACCAGCCACGCUGUGGUCGCCGCCGCCAGCUCGUACCGCGUCCGUGCCGAGCCGCCCGUGACGUCCGCUAGACGCUCCGUCCACGGAGGCAGCCACCACCACAGAGACGGCGGCAGGCACGAGGCGCAGCGCGGGACGGCGGAACCACUGUGCGCGGAGAGCCUGCAGUGUACCUCUGGUGGCCCUGGAGCGAGCAAGUGCGAGACCGCUGCUCAACACGCUAAGUGCGCAAUGACAGACUCGGGCAAGUACUUUGCUAUCACGGCUGAGGAGGUGGCGUACGUCAGGAAGCAGCUGGGCACCAACGAGGAGGACAUCAAGACUGCUGUGACGUCACUGCGGGAGUGGCUCAGGUUGCAGCCACACUUACCUGACGCCGUAGACGACUCUCUCAUCGAGCGCAUGUACAUCAACUGCAAGUGCAGCAUGGAGAGGGUCAAACUGGGAUUAGACGCUUAUUUUUCCCUGAAAAACAGAAUUCCCGAGUUUCUAAUGAACAGAGAUGCAAGAGGAACCGACAUCCAGUUUGCAAUGGAGCACAUCAAAAUGAUGACGAUGCCACGACUCACAAAGGACGCAUACCGCGUCCACGUCAUCACCGCAGUGGACGAAGACUCAAUGAAUAUAAUUUGGGCCCCAUAUGGUAAGAUCCUGUCCAUUGCUAUGGAAGUUAUGUUCGUCGAGGACUAUUCUAUUGGAGAUGUGUGCAUCAUCGACAUGGCCAAUGUAAAUGCUGGGCACGUAGUGCGGGCGGACAUCAACAUCAUCCGCAAUCUCGAACUCUGCUACAAGACUGCCUACUGCCGAAGGCUGAAAGGACUUCACUUCGUGAAUGCAUCCAAGAUUAUGGAUUCAGCCAUGAAAAUUGUUAAGAUGGCGCUGUCUGAGAAGUUGCAAAAGAGGGUGUUCGUGCACCUUCCGGGAUCGACAUCUCUGUUCGAUCAUGUGCAGCGUGACUGCUUACCAGACGAGCUGGGAGGCACUGCUGGACCUGUUGACAAACUAGCUUAUCCAGGCCGAGGGAUGAGAGAUGGUGCGCAGUGGAGAAGCCGGAAGACGCGUGCAGCGCCUGGCGUCGUUGACGGGGCCCUCCUGUGCGGCCCUCUUGCCAGCGGCGAUGGACAUCAGACGACUGAGCGGACCGCGGCACAACACCGAAAUGGCGGGAACCACGGAAGUAGACCGUAGAGGAAAACAAGUUCACACCAGCACCAUAGAUAUAUAAAUCGCCCUAUGUCUUACAGACAUUUAAUGCUUUAUUAAGAUAGACUGCCGUCGCGAUGGUUCUGUUGUAAGCUGAAUUUAAUUUGCAUUAGUACAGUGAAUAUUUUAAUUGCAUUUUCCAUGAAUGUUUUGAUCAGAAUAAGUAAAG